AUGAUGGGAAUCUCGUGGCUGGUGAUUAUCGUGGGUGUGACCUGCUGCCGGGCCUCGGACUACGAGCUGCUGCUCGAGGAUCCGGACAUAUUCUCGCCCUGCACCGAUGGACCACCCGGUUCGAUUGGGGUGCCCGAGGCCUUCGACCUGAGCCAGCUGGAGAUCGAACAUAAUGGUGAUACGCUUCAUGUGACUGGCAAUGUGACCCUCACCUGGGAUGUUAAUCCCAAGGAUCGGAUAACCGGGAAAGUGGAGGUCUUUCACUUCAAUCGCGGCAACUGGGAGCCGACUGUCUUCACCAUGAGCACCCAGGACUUUUGUUCCAUUAUGUACGACCGGAAUCAGUAUUGGUACAAGAUGUGGACUGGCUAUAUAACAAAUCGGGCCGAUGUUGAAAAGAAGUGCAUUAAUACCCCGGGUGUAAGUGAUGGGGUCUCCACCUAGUCUAUAUCUAUAUCUCUGCCUGAAUUUCAGACCGUUCUGGUUCAUGAGCCCUUCGAUAUGGAGCUGAAAGCUAAAGAUAUUCGAGGGCCUACUAUCCGAGGUCGUCACAAGUUGGUUGUAAAGCUCCUGGCUAUCGAUGAGAGGCAACAUCCCCGUCCAACUACCGUUUGUUUCGAGAUCAGAGGGGAGUUCACAAAAAUGAAAUAGUGGGUUGUGAUCCUCCAACUACUCUAAUGGCUGA